ACUGCACUGUGUACGCUAGCUGUAUACAAAUUAUUUGCAUGUAAAGCUGAAUCAAAUCCGAAUCGACCACGUCUAAAGCUACAAAAAAUAGAGAGGUCGUCUUCCAAGGUCCCUAAAACGGAGUGAGACUUGGGAGGUCUAAAUUCUCGAGAGAAUAAACGUUCUAAUCAUAGGCACAGGGAACGAGGGAUCUAUCUCGUAAUUUCGUUAAAUCAUAUAGGAUUCAACAGUACCACGUUCAUGAUGUAGGAAGCUACAGCGCUGGCGACACUCGAUGAGCAUGGACUCGUCAGGGAGGCAGCCUCCUACAGAGAGGGUUGGAGAGAAGAUUCUUCAAGAAACCCACCAGAACAACCGGCUACCCCAUGCCUCAAGCAACCCCAAGAGACCAUCAUCUGCUAGUGGAAGUGAUGGCAAGGGAACUCAUUUGCCUUACUCUCAUGGAGAGCAAAGACAACCUCACCAGAGUUCCAUGAGCAAGUCCUCUUUUGGGGCGUGUCUGAAUUCUGUUCAUGAUCGUAGUGCCAGGGGGGUCCAAGGGAGUCCCGUUCAAGGGUUUUCCUUGAAGAGAGCGGUGAUGAAGUCGACCACAUCACAGGCAUGCAGCAGCUCGUCGCCUGUGAAACCAUCUAUCCCGAGGCUUAAAGGUCAGCCAUUAACUAGUCCAGGAAAGCAUUAUCAUUCAUCUCCAGCAGAACAUGAGACGACGGGUAGGCGAAAGAUUGUGAAUACUACCCACACGUACAAGCGAGGAGAGAUGUCAUUAAAAACUCCUCCUAGAGGACAAAAUCGAGAAUCAAGCAGUACUCCAAAAUCUAAAGAUCGCAGUUCAUCUCAGCCGAUUUUAUCUAGUGAAAGAGGAAAGAGUAUGCACCUAAAUUACAGGUCACCUGCGUCAAUACAUGCAAAGUCUGUGACAGAACAAGGGGAACAUUCAAGGUCUCAUUCUCAGUCUAGGCAUCGUACUGAACCUGGUUCAAGUGUGGAUACUGUCAGAGAUGGAUUUAAAUCACGCCACUCGUCCAAUCCCAAAGGGAGACAUCACAGUGAAUCGAGCAGCAUCUUCCAUAAGGGAGAUACUGGCAAAGAUAGAGAACAAUCACACGUAUCUCAGGAAAGAUCAAGACAUCAAAGUGAAUGUAGCGCAAAGCACCAUCAUGGGCAUCCUGUCAAAGACAGAGAGAAGUCACAGGAGCGAUCAAGACAUCGAAGUGGCACUUCUUCAAAGACCAAUGAGGUAGAUACUGUGAAAGGAAACAGGAAAUCACAAUCGGUACCACAACCCAGGUCAAGACAUCAAAGCGAAUCCAAUGUCAGACACGGUAAGGUGGAUGCUGUUUCAGACAGGAAGAAAACCCAUGAGGCAAAGAGACAAAGAUCUCAUAGUGAAUCUAGUAGAAUCAUGGAUGGCGUGACUCAUGAAGAAAAGAUCCUGGCCAGCAAAAAGAAACACACCAUGCUGUGGGUGUUGAACUCGACUCCUUCAGAAGAAGAUGAGCAGUUAACUUCUUCAAAACCUGUGAAGCAAAAGACACAUGACCAAACUCUUUCACCAAAUACAGAUCACGCAAGAGCAAGCUUCAUUAUUGUCCAAGAUAAGGCAGGUUGGGCUAAACGAAUCUAUAGCGAUGGCAGCAGUGGUGUAACAUCUGGAAUGGAGCCUGUAGGGAGAUCGUCCUACAGCUCUGUGGACAGUAGUGGCUGCCAGAAAAGACACGGUGGGGGCAGCAGAGACUUGCACUUGAAGAAAAGAAAAAAGUUGCAAAGGAAAAACAGUAGUCCAUCUUCAUCACACCAGGGUGUUCCUAGCUACGGGGCACUCUUGAACAUGGCACAGCGAAACUUGAGCAAUGGACAGCAUACCCCAGACGGUAAAAUAACUGAUAGGGUGCCGGAAAGAAUCAGAAGAAAUUCUCAUCAGAGUGGCAGUGAUUCAGAGCAGCAUCUUUCACGUCGCAACCUGCAACAAGGAUCAUUUGAAUGUGACUAUGAUGAAGAAAAAGUAAAACGCUUGUUCAAAGCUUCACUGUCGGCAACACCAAAGAAACAGAAACAGAAACUGAGCAAGCAGUCUUCAGUUGAUUCCCAUGCAAGUUUGGAAUCCUGUGGGAAUCCUUCAUCUUCAAACAGCAUGGAUGAGAUCUCGCUAGAAAAGGUAGAAAGACUUUUCAAUGCUUCUUUAAACACAAAGUCAAAGACUACUGAAUCACCCAAAGUGGAGUCCAAAGCGGAGCCCAAAGCAGCAAAGUGCCCCUUAGAGGAAGCACAGUCACCGGAACGACCCCAGUACACAUGCACUUUUAAAGGCAGGGAGAGCAGCUCAGAACAGAGUGACAAGCACAUAACCUUGUCAUUCCGCAAAGUGCACCAUUUGUCCAAGAAGUCUCUUGGCAGUCACCAUCUCCACAAGUUUCGCGAGAAGUCCGUCAAAGGUCUCCGCCUUGAAGCAUCUUCCAGAGCAGUUCAUAUUCCUCUCAAAAGGCUAAAGUUGAAGUCCGAAAGCAUAUUUCUCACAGAGGAUGUUCUUCGGAGGUUAGGAAGGUCCUCAAGUUUCAUCGUCAACACGGCCAGGAAGCACAAUUUUCUCCAAGGAAAGAAACAGAAAGCUCAUAAGCAUAAACCAAGGAGAAGGGCGUUUCCAUUGUGCAGCUCAUCGGAUCCAGAAACAACAUCUGUUUCGAACAGUCAUGCAGCGCCACUGCAGUAUGACAUACCCCUCAGGCAUGCUAUGUCUGACUCUGCUGCUCUAAGUGAAUCCAGUGUCUCGUCCGGUGUAGCUUCCGGUGUGGCCAAUCUCUUUCAGGAGCUGAGCUCUGAUCCCUCAAGAACUGACCAGCCAGGAGAUUCCUCUUCACCUCUGGGCCUUCAUGGAAGGUCAAAGGUCACAGCAUCACCCAAGUUCUCUGGCAGUAUUUCCAAGCUGAAGCGGAGGAUCGGGAAGAGGCUGCAGGCGGCGGUUCAAGGAGACAGACCAGGAUGCUCUAACAACGGGAAUGAGAGUGACUCAACACUUUUUGGAUCCUCUGCAGGAGAGGGGUAUCCAUUUGGAGAUACAAAUUACAUUCCUGGAGUGGAGGAUGUGAUUUUUGAAGAGACAGUGGCCACAGAGGAGUAUCCACAAAUGGAUACCUUAGCUGAAUGCAUGGUCAGUGAAUCAUCGGAGGGCUGUCCCUCUCCAGCAAAUGCCAAGCACACAGUACUUCUAUCCCAACCAGAUCCUUGUGACUUGAUGCCGGGUCAUUCGGAGAACAGUCCUGCUGAAGAUGGGUGUGAUGGAUCAAAGGCAACGGAGACAUCGGGAGGUGAUGGAAAUGUAGCUUCAAAUGAAGAGCAAUUGUUGGAGAGAGAUCUUCCUACAAUAAGCGUCAUGGGUAACGACCAACCAGGACGUGUCCCCCAAACAUGUUUGAAGUCCAACAAGUCAGAGAAUACAUGUCCUCAGCCAAAAGGUGAGGCACCUGUACUGCGAGAUUCAGAACACCCACCAUCCUCUCCGUUGCAUGAAACCAAAGCGAGGGAGGACCAGCAAAAUGGAGAAGUGCUUGAAGACACUCUUGACCCUGCAGGAGAGCCAGAGGAAGGGAGCUCUGAUGAAGACCUUGAUGACAGUGAGAGUCUGCCUGAUGCCUGCAUGAAUGCAGGGGACUUUAAGGAUACCCAGGAGAGCAGCUCAGACAGCACGGAUGGUAGUCAGCCUGCAAACACACCAACCACUCUCAUGAAGGAAGUCUGUCGGAUUGGCAACGUACCAGUACCAGGGACACCUUCCAAGCCGUACCCAUUUCCAUUGAAUGAUUCCCUUAGCCCAGGGAGGCUGUCCCAGGAAAUGAGCACAGAGGAAACGACAACAAAGAAGAGAAAACUUAGGUUCAGUUUGGCCAAGAUGGUGGAUAUGAAGAAGAAAACGAAAUUUGAAGCGACAUUCGAACGUCUGAAGCAGGAUGUGAGCCAGGGAGGGUUCGCUAGACAGAUGGAGGAACAACAGGAGACCGGUGAUGGUGACCAUGACAACGGAUCAGAUGAACCAGAGGAAAACCAAGCCAUUCUCGAAAGGUAUGGUGUGUCUGAAGAGCAGAAGAUACCCAAAGUCCAUCCUGGUGAAGAUAUUUUUGAUCAGACAAAACUCAGACAGAUCUUCAACUACAAUGACCACAUGGCCUCAUUGGCAGGUUGUGGGUUCAAGCCUGAUAAACCCAGUGCACUGGAAAGUCUUAUGCUGAAAGCAACACCAGAUGAAAUGGUUGAAAUGUUGAGAACCUUUGCUGUAGAGAUGGCAUAUCAUUCCAAGCCUUGUCCGCCUGCCUUCAUGCUUUGGCUCUUCAGACUCAUGUCUGUGCACACAGAUUGUAAUGUAGUGAACAAGGCUUACCAGACCAUGUGGUCCAUUCUCAACUCAUGGCCAAUACAGCAUCCUGCUGUCGUGCCUUGGGCGCCAUCUGUGGCUGAAAUCACUCAGAUUCUAGUCAACUAUGGUGCAUCAUUCAAUGACCUGCUACCACCUGGCCUUGUAAAUCCAGAAUUUGAUGAAAAUUCCAUCAGACCACCAAUGGGAGAAGACAAGUCCGGCCAACAAAAGGAGAGAGUUCAACCCUCUGCAGCUGAUCUUACAGAUCCGGUGAAGGCACGUUACCAUGGUAACAACCUUAUGAAGGUCAUCAAGAUCUUGACUCUGGCCCUCAUCACCAGGAAAACCGUUGACAGGUUUCCUUAUACGGAAGAAGAGGUUUCCUGCCUAGCCGUUCUCGUUUGCAAGGCAUCUCUCGAGAAAUACUUCAUCAUGAAGGCUGUAGAGAAUGAUUUCACUCUAUGUCUGCUAGCCCUGUUUGAAUGUGUACCUGAACCUUCAUGGGAGGCUCAGGCUGAACGUCUGUGCCAUGUCUUACCUCAUGUUGCUGCUCACCAUCACAACCUAGUAUACAUCACACAUCUCAUACCUGGCUGUACUGAGAGAGGGAGAUACAUGUCAAGACAGCUAGCGUACAUGUGUUUGAAGAAGCUUUCACCUACUGAACCAGAGCAGAAUAACAAUGGAUUCCACCCUGAACUCAAGGUGCAAUACAUUCUGGACGUAGUCCCUGCCACCAGACCUUCUAAAGACACAGACUACUACAAGCUCCACAGCAGGAUCCAGAUCCUGGACCUGGCCAUCGGGAACGAGCGCCUGGACAAGUCUGAGAAGGAAUCCCUCCAGUCACUGAACAACAAACUCAACGUGUUUGUCAAAAACAUCAGGGAGAAGGUCUCCAACAUCAGCAGGUCGCAGGUCAAAGAUCUCAUCGGCAGGAUGACCCUCAGGUUGACCCUCAUGGAUCAGUCAAUAGUCUCUGACCAGGUCAAUAUAUUCAAUCGCAUGCUGCCUCUGACGGGGAUCAAGGAGGAGAAUAUAGAGGAACACUUCCCCCAGUCCCAGGAGGAUGCGGUCUCUACCAGCUCAGAGGAGGAAGGGGAAGACAAGUCAGAUGACAUGGAUGAAGAUGACGAGGAGGAGGGGGAAGAUCACGCCCCGGCGGAUGUAGGACAUUCACCCGAGAAGACGUGAAAGAUGGGGAUGAAAUAGAGAGCUUCGGUGCUCGAGGAGGGAGGACCUGCUCGUAAGAACACUUUGUGAGAUAUUUUGUAGAGCAAGCGCUGUUACUUAUCAUGCAGCACUGGCCCAUGCUAGUGCUGUAUAGAAAGGACCUACUCGUAAGAAACUUUUGUGAGAUAUUUCGUAGAGCAAGCGCCGUUAUCAUCAUGCAGCACUGGCCCAUGCUAGUGCUGUAUUGGAAGGCACCGUCGACAACAUUAGGGAGAAGUUGAAGGAAAUGAGAUGUACAUGUUCCUAUGUACCUUUGUUUCAUUACGAAGAUUUGUCCCGGAGUUUUUAGGAAGAUUUUGACAACUUUAUAGAAGUUGGUUUACUCAUAGAUACAGUCAAACCUGUCUAUAGCGACCACCCAAGGGAAACACAAAAAGUGGUCUUCGUAGACAGAUUCCUUUAGAACAUGUUUCAAUGAGAAACCAUUUUCGAGGGAAAGAAAAAUAUGGUCUUUGUAGACAGGUGGUCACUAAGCAGGUUUGAUUGUACAACUGAGUAUUCAAUAGCAUGUAACAGCUACAAGUUUGAAUUUUGAAAAGACAGGUUUGAAAAUCAUGGACAGUUCAAAAUUCUUACUCAACCAUAAUUAUUUCUGAACUAUUGGUCAACAUUUUUGAUUAAAAUUGCUCCGAAUAAUGACUCAGAUUGCACCAAAGAGCAUCUAGAGAUACCAGUGCUUCCCGGGCCCUAGCAAGCUGGCUCUGGAACCUAUCAAGGGAAUGUUUGUUUGGGGACUGUCUUGCAAUAGUAAGAAUGAGAUGGAUGUGUAUGGAAAUCUUGAAGUGCUAAAAAACGCAGAAAAGCUACAUGUAGUUCACAAGAAAGAAAACUCAAGUCUAUUGUAAGUGAUAGUGAAGUUGACAUUGUACAUAUACUUUGAAUGAAAUAAGUAUAGAGAAAUUAUUUUUAUCAUAAUUUAUUUAUGAUAAAAACUUAAUACUUUUUCACAAGUGCAAUUAUUGAUUUGUAGCUAUACUAGUUUGUAUUGUACAUACAAGAAAAGUUGUAAAGUCCUUGCAUAAAUGAAACUUUGGGGAAACGUGUGUGUCUUUUGGAGGAAAAUAUAAACUGUCAAUUUGCAUGCAAGAUACUGUACAUGAGUAUCAAUAUUGCAUUGUAAAUAUUUUCAUUUCUGCUCCCUUCAGAAUGAUAAAGAUGUACUAUGUAGUUACUCAAAUUCAGACUUUAAAUUUUGUUUCAUGCAUUACAGUAACAGGCAAAGUGAAACCAAUACAUACAUCAUAUCAAAUGCUUGGAGUCAGAAGGGACAUACUUUGACAAAGAGUUAAUGCCCUUCUGGCUCUAAUCACACUAUGUAGAGGUGUAGGGGUCGAGUGGAUACGUUCGCCGGACUGUUCGCGGUUCAAUUCCCGCCGCGGCACUAAUGUCCUUUGGCAAGACAUUGAUCUACAUUUGCCACACUCGACCCAGAUGAUGUUAAUGGGUACCUGGUAGGAAUUCAUUCCUUUAAAUGCUAGAACACCUUAAUGGCAGUCAUGCUAAAGCCAGGGUAAUGAUUGUGGAGUGCCAGGAGUGUCAAGUCCGACAGGUUUAAGCGCUAUAAAAAACCCGCUAUUAUUAGGUCAUUUUGACGACUUUGCCGAUGAGAAUAUUGACCGUGCCACUACCUUCUAAAAAAGUAUUAGAAAUGCUGAUGGAGCGGUUAAUUCAUCACAGCGCUUUCUGCAACACCAAUGGUAUUUUCUACAAAAUUAUGGAGAGAAACACAAAAAAGCUUAGAAAUCUAAUAAAAGAUUUCCUUAGCUGUUUUAAUAAUGUCUUUUGGAAUGGCAUGAUUAUUCAUGUAGCAAAGAAGAAACAAACGUCUCAUUUCUUUUGAUGUGUAAUGAACACCAUCUUGUAAAAACUCUGUAAAUAUGUUCAUAUACAAAUGUAUCAAAAGAGCUGAAAUAUCAAAUCAUAUAUAACAGGUGCCUAUACUGUGUAUAUACAUGUAGACAAGCAAUGCUUUACAUUAUUUUUUCAAUCAAAUGCAUGUGGUGUUUUGUUCUUUUUAAUUACCAAUGUCAAACUCACAAAACGACUGAUCUAUCCAAUAUGGAAAGUGUCAGAUAAAUAAUGAAGAUGAAAAAGGGCCAUGUUUCAUAAAACUUGUUAUCAAUAAAAAA